AUGGUUAGCAUUUGCAUUUACCCCUCCCCCUCAAAACAAGUCGGUUACCCUGCUGGUAAACUCGUAAUGGCAGACACCCCUCCCCCCAAUCGAGGGUCGAUCGUUGACAAGCCGCGUGGACCAGAGUUGACUCAGCCGACUAACAAGUACACACAGUACAUAAUGAUCCGCGGCCACCACGAAUCAUGA